CGGGCGUCUCCCCUUCCAUUCCCGUCACCGGCGACCCUCUAGUAGUCGUAGGCUAGCACUAGCAGCAGGAAGGAUACGCUACCGCCGCCGCGGCUCCCAGCGCCACCAGAAAAAAGGCAAGGCGAAGGCGAGACCAACUCGGCUUCUCGCUUUUCCGCCCGCUUGAUUUGCCUCCGCCACCAGACGGGCGCGGCCGGAUAGCCGAGAGCAACCUGUAAAGUCAGAGGAGAAUUGGUCCACGGCCACGGCCGAGCUGCAGCAACCAGCAGGUGGUGAGGUGAGGUGAGCGGAGGCCAUCAGGUGCCCGCUCGCCGCGCGUCAUGGCCCACCAUAUAUACGCCACCACCAGCGGGUGCGCCCGCCCCGCGAUCCCGCCGCUCUUUCCCGCGCCGACGCCGACCCUUCCUCUACCCUCAUCUUCGUCUCGGUUGCGGCGACGCCGGGGGAGUCACAGUCCCAGUCCCAGUCCCACUCCCAUGGGCGCGACCGGGCACCUGGGUGCGCUGGCGGUGGCCGCCGGCGCCGCUAAGCCGCGGAACGGCGGCAGGCCGUGCGCGGCCGUGCUGGGCGACCCGCUGCCGGCGCUCGACGACGACCCGGGCCUCCUCGUCCACCCCAGCGCCGACUUCGCCGCCCAGGCUCUCGUCUCCUCCACGCAGCAGUACCGGGAGAUGUACCAGAGGUCGAUCGACGACCCGGCUGGGUUCUGGUCGGAGAUUGCGGAGGAGUUCUACUGGAAGCAGAAGUGGAACCCUGAUGCAGUUUGCUCUGAGAACCUCGAUGUCACCAAGGGGCCGAUCAAGAUUGAAUGGUUCAAAGGGGGGAAGACCAACAUAUGCUACAAUGCGGUGGACCGCAAUGUAGAGUCUGGGAACGGGGACAAAAUUGCCAUGUACUGGGAGGGGAACGAGCCCAGUGAUGACGGGAAGCUCACAUACUCUGAGCUCUUGGACCAGGUUUGCCAGCUGGCGAAUUACUUGAAAAGCGUCGGUGUUGGAAAGGGUGAUGCCGUGGUGAUCUACCUGCCAAUGUUGAUGGAGCUUCCCAUUGCAAUGCUUGCAUGUGCUCGCAUCGGUGCUGUUCAUUCGGUUGUGUUUGCUGGCUUCUCUGCUGAUGCAAUAGCACAAAGAAUCAUUGACUGCAAGCCUAAGGUUGUGAUUACCUGCAAUGCUGUGAAAAGAGGGCUGAAAGCCAUCCCUCUCAAAGAUAUAGUUGACACUGCUCUGGUUGAAAGUGCAAAGAAUGGAGUUGAUGUAGGCAUUUGCUUGACAUAUGAAAAUCAGUCAGCACUGAAUAAAGUAGACACACGUUGGAAACCAGGGAGAGAUGUUUGGUGGCAGGAUGUUGUUCCCAAUUUCCCAACUAAAUGUGAUGUGGAAUGGGUUGAUGCAGAGGAUCCAUUGUUUCUUCUGUACACAAGUGGCAGUACAGGAAAGCCAAAGGGUGUGUUGCAUACAACUGGGGGCUAUAUGGUCUACUCUGCAACAACAUUUAAGCAUGCAUUUGACUACAAGCCAGCGGACGUAUACUGGUGCACUGCGGACUGUGGUUGGAUUACUGGACAUAGUUAUGUGACAUAUGGUCCUCUGCUGAAUGGAGCCACAGUUCUCGUUUUCGAAGGGGCUCCAAAUUACCCUGAUCCUGGUCGGUGUUGGGACAUUGUUGACAAAUAUGGAGUGACAAUAUUUUAUACCGCACCAACACUUAUACGCUCACUCAUGCGUGAUGGUACUGAGUAUGUUUCUCGGUACUCUCGCAAAUCCCUCCGAGUGCUUGGAAGUGUGGGUGAGCCAAUUAAUCCAACUGCAUGGAGAUGGUUCUAUGAUGUAAUUGGUGACUCACGAUGCCCCAUAUCAGAUACUUGGUGGCAAACUGAAACUGGUGGAUUCAUGAUCACUCCUUUACCUGGCGCUUGGCCUCAAAAACCAGGAUCAGCAACAUUUCCUUUCUUCGGUGUGCAGCCAGUCAUUGUUGAUGAGAAAGGGCGGGAAAUGGAAGGAGAAUGCAGUGGAUAUCUUUGCAUAAAGAAGUCAUGGCCUGGGGCUUUCCGGACUCUCUAUGGAGAUCAAGACAGAUAUGAGACGACAUACUUCAAACCGUUUGCUGGAUAUUAUUUCUCGGGUGAUGGCUGCAGAAGGGAUAAAGAUGGCUACCACUGGCUGACUGGAAGAGUUGAUGACGUUAUCAAUGUGAGUGGACACCGGAUUGGGACAGCCGAAGUUGAGUCUGCUCUGGUUUCACAUCCAAAAUGUGCCGAGGCCGCUGUUGUUGGUAUUGACCAUGAGGUUAAAGGGCAGGGGAUAUAUGCUUUUGUGACUUUGGUGGAUGGCGUUGCCUACAGUGAUGAUCUAAGAAAAAGCCUCAUUAUGACAGUCCGCGGCCAGAUUGGCGCAUUUGCUGCUCCUGAUAAGAUCCACUGGGCACCGGGGCUCCCUAAGACACGAAGUGGGAAGAUCAUGCGAAGAAUCCUGCGGAAAAUUGCAUCCAGGCAACUAGACGAGCUCGGUGAUACGAGCACGCUUGCUGACCCUGGUGUUGUUGACCAGCUGAUUGCGCUCAGCGAUAGCUGACCUUAUCGGCCAUGGGGGACGGAACAAUCACUGCCUGCACUACAUGUGUAAAUUUCAACUUGUGUGCGGUCAGUCGCUCUAUCCAUGAUUCUCUUGUUUCUUCGGUGUUUUGGAAUUGGCAACCAAAGAUGGAUACUGAAACGACGGGUUUGAUGCGGUGAGUCUGCAAAUUGCUGGAUCAGUCACAAAUAGAUGCAGUUUGGUAAAUAAGGAAAUUAAUGUAAGUGGAAGUUUUGGUUACAUCCGAAAGUAAUGUAAUGGGACAACCACAAGUCCCAUUUUAUGGGUGCGCGGCAUACAGGAAUCUGUCAUUGAACACUAAAGCAGGACAUGUUUACUGCCUCUGUAUGCUGUUCAAAGCAUGCAGGCGCCCCAUUUUUUGGAACUUCACUAAACCCUGUGAGAAUUGAACUGUUCCGUUCGAAUU